AUGCUGUCGACACGACCAGCCAUGAGGCCCCUAAAAGCUUCCAUCUUCCAGCUGUUUCUUACAUAUCGAUGUCUGUACUCGACUCAUAACACGUCUUCGCCUUCUGACGCAGCAUCAAAAGCAGCAGCAGAUUUCCUUGCGCGCUUUCAAUCGCAAGGACCCCAGCUUCGCACCCAAUUACUAGACGCAAACCAGCUACAUCUUCUCUCGCUCACUCUAAAUCGACCAAAAAGACAACUUAUCAAUUAUCCUGGAGCUAGCACUACUGCUGCUACUGUUACUAGUUCAUCACCCUCUCUUCCCGUCCCAUCAAACGGCUCGCCCGUCCCGCCGGGACACCAUUUGGUCUAUUUCACCCCGGGCUUCCUUGAAGAGGAGCUUGGUGCUGAUGGGACGGAUACAUCGUAUAAUCCCGAUGUGCCAUUUACCAGGCGUAUGUGGGCUGGUGGUGAGGUUAGCUGGCCGCGGGGAGCGGACGGAAAGCCGAAUUUGUUACGAGUCGGACAAGAAGUUACUGAAUCUACGAAAGUGCUCAGUGCGGAACCAAAGGUUGUUCGUAAGACUGGAGAGGCCAUGAUCGUGGUGGGCGUUGAGAAGAUGUUCUCGAAUGAGUAUGGCGUGGCUGUCAUUGACCGUCGCAAUUGGCUCUUUCGUGAAGCGCUGCCAUACCCUCCCAAGCCAUAUGAGAAAAAGGCAGAGACGAAACCUCCAGUAUCUAAGCAAAAUAAAACCCCGGCGCCUUCAAACCAGGCAGUAGGAGUAUACAAACGAUACUUUAACCAAACCGCAGUCACACUCUUCCGCUUCUCGGCUCUGACGUUCAAUACUCACAAGAUCCACUAUUCGGUUCCCUGGUCUCAAGAAGUCGAGGGCCAUAGGAAUAUAGUUGUUCACGGACCGCUCAAUCUAGUCUCAAUGCUGGAUUUUUGGAGGGAUAUCCAGCAUGAAAAGGCUAACAAAAAUAGCAGCAGCAGCAGCAAAAACAACCAGGACCACCCAGACAUUUCAUUGAUUGUGCCACAGAGAAUUUCUUACCGCGCGACAAAUCCGCUGUAUGCUGAGGAGGACUAUGAGAUUGUCCUGGAAGAGGCUAGGGAGUCUAGCAGCGUGAACAUCUUCAACCAUGAUGGCGUUGUUUCUAUGAAGGCGGAGAUAGAGGCAUAA